AACGACGCGCAGUCGCCAGGUGAACCAACGACAGUGCGCGCGAUCACCUGAGACGUGUGAGCGACAAAAUAAACGUUUACUCUUUUUUUAAUUUUUAGUUUUAUCCAGUUUUCGUUUCGUUUUGUUUUGUUUUUUUUUUUUUUUUAAUUUUUGUUUAUUACUUUUUUUUUUGUUUUUGUUAUUAAAUAAAUUUUAAUUUACACAGUGUUUUAAUAUUGUUAAAUAUUAAACGGACAUGAGUUUUGUAAGGUUAAAAUGUUUAAACGACUUUUAGAUUUGUCCAAAGUGAUUGUUGUGUAUACUUACCGAUAAGUGGAUAUAUAUAUAUAAUUUUUACUAUACCUUACCUAAUGGUGCUUUCUUAGUAAAAUUAGUUUUUGUCAUCAAGUGCUCAUCGAUCAUAACCUUUAAUAAAUAAUAAUAUAAUUAACUGAAAUAAAAAUUAAAUUUGAAUAAUAUCGGGUAUUCAUAAAUCAUGUUAUGUGCAGACAAAUAAAAUCUCAAGAUUUAAAAAAAUAAAAUAAAUUAUAUUUGAUUAUAACGGUAAAAUUAAAGUUAGUAAUUUUGUAUGAAUCUUUGUACACCAGUGAUAUUAUAUUAUUAUAAUAAUAAUAAUAAUUAUAAAAAAUAAAUUGUGAGUGCGGUUGACAAGUGUAGUAAAAGAGCUCGAGUACGGCGCUAUAAGCGCCUGAAGGAGCUCUAAAAAAAUGCAGAUGAUGACGGGAGAAAAAGGACCGAGCCACCUUGUCGUUCUUUACGUAGCGACCGCAGGACUUCAGGGCAAUGCACUCGGUUCUGACGAAGAAGAAAUUAUACUUCUCAUUUAUGCCCUCAUUGAUGUACUCCAAAAUAAGGUGAUAGGUCAUCAACAAUAUAUUGUACAGCCAUCAUCUAUGUUGGAAGCUAAUCAACAAGAAGAAGAUACUUCAGAAUCAACAACAUCAAAUAGUGUUAUUAGCGAAACAGCAUUAACGCAUGCGCCAAGUCUAAAUGAACAAACUCUUCGGGAACAUGGUGUUCCAUUGAAUCAAGCUAUUCAACAGUUUGAAAGUUGGUGGUCAUCUUUGACAUGUAUAUCCGCCGGAAGUUCACCUCGUUUCGUAGUUGAUGGCCAAGCUCCUCUUAGACAAUGUCUUCAUCCUGAAUGUUACAAUAAAGAUCUAGACCUCCCGGAAUAUUACAAUUAUUUUUAUGAUCUUCGUAAGGAGUUUACCAAUUGUUAUUCAACUCAAGGAGAACUUGCUACCCCCAGUAUUCAAGAAAUGAUUCAAUAUUUUGGUAUGUCACUGGACACUGAUAAUGAUUUUCAUGUUAAGGAAGUUCAAGAUAUGGUUAACGUUAUUCAAAGAAUGAUUAAAGAUGGACACAUAUUUCACAUUCCAGAAGUAAUAAAUCUUAUUUUAGAACCUGGUAUAUGCUCAAAGGAUGAAGAAGUUGAUAACAAUUGUGUUGUGAGAGCACGUGGUUUACCGUGGCAAUCAUCUGAUCAAGAUAUUGCUAAAUUUUUUCGUGGAUUAAAUGUUGCAAAGGGUGGAGUUGCCUUAUGUUUAAGUCCGCAAGGCAGACGCAACGGUGAAGCUUUGGUACGAUUUAUUAAUAAAGAACACAGAGAUAUGGCAUUAAAAAGGCAUAAACAUCAUAUUGGUAAACGAUACAUUGAGGUGUACAAAUCAUCUGGUGAAGAAUUUGUAAGAGUUGCAGGUGGUGCUAGUGGUGAAGCUCAUGCAUUUCUUUCACGUGGUGCUCAAGUUAUUGUACGAAUGCGAGGUUUACCGUACGACUGCGUUGCCAAACAAGUGAUUGAAUUUUUUUCUGGUGGUCAGAAUCCAUGUCAAGUGCUUGAUGGUGAAGAUGGAGUGUUAUUUGUAAAAAAACCAGAUGGCAGAGCUACAGGGGAUGCUUUUGUUUUAUUUUCUAAGGAAGUUGAUGCUGAAAAAGCACUUAGCAAACAUCGUGAAUGUAUUGGCGUUAGAUAUAUUGAAUUAUUUCGAAGUACAACUGCAGAAGUACAACAGGUUCUCAAUAGAGCUAUAGAUAUUAAACCACAAGUCGAUAUGACACCAAUGUUACCACUACCACCUCCAUUGCUUCCACAAUAUAUAAUUACAUCAGGAACUAGAAAAGACUGUGUCAGAUUACGUGGACUACCUUACGAAGCGCUGGUUGAGCAUAUUUUAGAAUUUAUGGGUGAAUACGCAAAGCACAUUGUCUACCGUGGAGUUCAUAUGGUUUAUAAUUCUCAAGGUCAACCCUCGGGUGAAGCAUUUAUUCAAAUGGACAGCGAGAGUUCAGCAUUCGCGUGUGCAUCACAACGUCACCAUCGUUAUAUGAUAUUUGGAAAAAAACAACGUUACAUCGAAGUCUUCCAGUGCAGCGGUGAUGACAUGAAUCUAGUAUUGACAGGUGCAGCACCACCAGUUGCCAAAUCGCUGCUGUCAUCCGGUACGUUGAGCUCACAUACACACCCGGCCCUAGCUCCUCCUGCCGUACCAGCAUCUUUACCGGUACAAACAACUACCCAACCCCCAUUAUGGGAUAUACAUGCAUUAGUACAGGCACAAGCUCAAGCUCAAGCUCAAGCACAAGCACAAGCUCAAGUGCAGGCUCAAGCUAUGAGAAAUCAAGAUUUUUGGUUAAUGGCACUUGCCGGUAAUCCGCCACCACCAUCACAUCAAUCUACAUCAACAACUGCCGGAUCACAAAAUGCUGUUGUAACUAGUAAAGCUCUUGCCUUACCCUCCCCCACGCAACAUCAACUAUCUUCUUAUUCAAUAAAUCAUCAUCAUCAUCAUCAUGCUGCUGCUGCAGCAGCUGCUGCAGCUGUUCAUGCGGCUGCUCUUCAUUCUCCACCAACACAACCACCAUUUUUAUUUUUUAAUAUGCCCUCGAGAAUUCCAAUUCUUCGACCUCCCGGUCCUCAUACACUUUUAUCACCAAUUGUACAAACCCAAUCAAUAAAUCCCGCGGCAUUUAUGGGAAUUAAAAGAUCAUGGGAAAAUGCAUUUUCUAGUAGUGAUACUGUCACCAAUAUACCAAAACGCCCAGCUUGGCAAACACCUUCAGGUUUUCAUGCUGCUGCGGCACCCACUGGUACAUCCGGUCUUGCCUACCCCGCUCAAUUUUAUCCUCAGAUUUAAUCCCCUUCUUAUAAUAAUCUGAGUAAAUUUAAAUUUUUUAUAUAAAUAAUGCAUUUAUUUACUUAAACGAUUUUAUAUCUGAUUAAAUUAUUAAUCUUGCACAAAAACAAAAAUUUAUUUUUCGAUAAAAUCGUUUAAUGGUUGUGUUUAAAUCAUUAAGUACAAUCAAUAAUACGGCGGCUAUUUUAAUACAUUCAUCAAUAUUUUUUCUAACAUUUUUUUCUUUAUUCUUUUUAUACUUGUCAUUUGCGAAAAUAAUAAUUACGGAGAAAAAACAGAAAAAAAAAAAAAAAAAGUACUUAGAAAUUAAUGGCAUUUUAUCAUAAAUAGUUUAUACUAAUCAAAGUAUUGCAGUACAAUCAUUUACAACUAAAAAAUAUAUAUAUUUUUUUUUAUUUGUUUUUACAAUCUUGUUACUUAAAUAUUUUAUAAAAUUUUACUUAAAGAUUAUAGUGCCUUAAACAAAAUGAAAAAUUAUUGGAAUAAUUUUUUUCAUAUCUAUUGCCAGUACGAAGAAAAUUAAAAAUUAUUAUGUUUCUUUAGUGACUUAUGACUAAUGUUAAAUAUGAUGAAACCGUCCGAUAACUAUUAAAUAAUUAAUUAACUAUUAAUAUUAAAAAUAAUUACAGUAAUAUUAAAUAUAUAUAGAUUGAAAAUUACCGUUAAUACAUAUUUAUUCGGUUGUACACUAUUUACAUUGAGUAAUUUUUUAUGCAAUCAGCUCUAUAUUAGAUAACUACAACUUGGUGUUGGCAGUUGUUUUUCGAAAAAAAUGUCCUCAUUUAAAUAAUAAAAAGUAAAGUAACAUGUACCAUAAUAUUUUUUAAAUAUUUAUACUUUUAUGAAAGUAUGUAUAAUCAAUAUUUAAAGUUUCAUGAAACCUUUGAUUCUAACAGAUUAAUUAUUAUUUUUUUUUACUUUCAUUUCGGAUCAUAUAAUUGAGUAAUCAAACUCUAAAUAUUCCCAUUAAAUUUAUUUUUAAGAUAACUGGUUAAAUAAAAAAAUUAUGUCUUGCCACGUGAUUCAAUGAUUAUUAUGAUGAUGAAUCUUGCUUCAGAAAUUACUCAAUAUUUUAUUGAGUGAUACACUUGCAUGCAGUGAAAUAUUAUAAUAGUUAGUUUUUCAAAUAAUUAUUAAUGGACAUUCGAAAUCAUUAAUUUUUGUUUUUUUUUUUAAUUAAAUCAUUGUCAUUGCAAUGCUUAAUUUUUCUAAUCUUUUUUUUUUUUUUGUUGACAAUUUAGUCUUCCAUUAAUAAUACACAUGGUAAGAGUUAUAUAAGUAUCCCACAAGUAUAUAAUUUUUUAAAUAAUUAAAAAAUAUUUUUUGCUAAAGUACUUAUUAUUAAAAUAGAUAUUAAAUUCUUUGAAAAAACAAUAUAAUUCAGAUUUAAAAAUUUUUAUUUAAAUUAAUUUAGAUAAAUAGAUACUUAGAUUUUAUAUUCUUCAAAGUGGUUAAUGGUACACUCGUCUCCAUGUGUAUAUGUAUGAAUGUAUGUAUGUAUGCGUGUGUGUGUGUAUUUGUGUGAUAAUUAAUUUUAAAAAACGAUAGCAUUGUAUUACUGGUGGAAAUAUAGUGUAUAGUUUUUUUUUUGUAUUAUUUCAAAUUUUUAUUUGACAGACUAACUCAAACUCAACGCUAUUUUAUAUAUUACAUAAAAAAAAAAGAAAAAGAAAAAAAAACUAUACACAUGUGUUGGAGUUAUUUGGGUAUAUUGGGUUGAUAGCUAACAUGGUGCCUAAAUUCUUUUGUUUUAAUUACUUGUUUUUUUUUUUCUUUUUUUAAAUAUACAUUCCGUCAAUUAUUAAUUUUUUUACGAAUUUACCGUUUUUUUUCUUUUUUUUUUUUAACGCCUCUUUAACAAUGUCAAUAUGAAUUAUUUAUUAGUUUAAUCAAGUUUUAAUAAAUAAUUUAUAUAAUGAAAUGGUAAAUAAAUGAAUUGUGAUUGAAGAUGUGUAGGGUUGUUGUUUAAAAGCUUUACACUAUUGCCUUUACUAAAUUUAAUAAUAUACAUGGGAAAACUACCAUUUAUUAAAUUUUUAUGUUUAGAUUAAAUAUUUAAGUAAAAUUUCACAUCCACAUAUACAAAUUUUGUGUGACGUUUAAUACCAUUUUUUAUACAUAAUACUAAUUAUUAUAGUGAUUUAGAUAUGGGAUAUACAGGUCGCUGCAAUGUUAGCACCAACAUUAUUAUGCUAUCACUUGAAUAAUUAAAAAAAAUAUUAAAAAAAAAUAAAUAAUAAUAAUAAUAAUAAUUUUUUUAUUGCUGUAUACUCUCUGUAAAUUUAUAAUUAUAUUUUUAAUAAUAUCCAAUAAUCAUGUUUAAUAAAUGUAAUUGUGUCUUGUGGUUA